AUUAACCUAUAGUGGACAAUUAUGGACUGUGGGAAGAAACUGAAGGGCCUGGAGGAAACCAACCAACCACAGGGAGAAUGUGCAACCUCCACCUAUUUGGCAACAGUGAGAUUUGAACCUCCGACUCUGCAGGUUCAUAACAAGCUCAUCUUCAUCUUGUGGUUCAUCAUUGGUGUGGGCUCCAUCUCUGCAGACUCCCAGUUCAUAUCAGCACAAGUAGGAGACACAGCUAUCCUGCCAUGUAAAGCGAGUGAGGUGUCCACUCAAACACACGUCUACUGGGAAACUGAUUCUCAGGAAGUUUUUACGCGAUGGGGAGGGUCCUCGCUCUCAGGUCCAGGAUACGAGGGUCGUGUGGACGUUCCUGAGGACGAGCUACGUAAAGGAAGCUGUUGUCUGAUGUUGAGGAAUGUCAGCGUUACUGAUGCUGCUGUGUACAGGAGUUACAUCAGGACACACCCAGGACACACAAGUUCACCCAAGAGGUCUGCAACCGCAAACUGGCAUCUUAUCCAGAAUGUUACGCUCUCCGUUCAGGUUAUGAAAGUCAGAGAUGAUGCACGGCUGUACCACCCUCACCCAUGGAUGAUAGCGCUCCCUAUUUUGACGUCUUUUCAUCCAGCCCUUUUACAUUCUCCUGCAGGAUGA